AAUACAGAUGGCUCAGUGAUACUUAGCCAAGGAAGUGCAGCAGUGGGAGGAGUACUCCGGGGCGCUGACAGCCGUUUUGUGGUAGCUUUUGAUGUGAACCUUGGUGGUGGCUCCAUAACUGAUGCGGAAUUAGCUGGCAUAAAUUAUGAUUUAAGGCUGGCGUGGGAUGGAGGAGUGCGGAAACUCAUUGUUCAAAAAGACUCGGCCGCAGCCAUUGCCUUGCUGCAAAGCGAUCAGACAUCCCAUCCUCACCAUACGCUGGUAAACUCGAUCAAGCGGCAGCUGAACCAGCAAUGGGAGGUUCAUAUUAUGCAUGCGUUCAGGGAAAGCAACUAUGUUGCUGAUUACUUAGCUUCGGUGGGGCACUCUAUUCGUAUAGGGAUCCGAUUUGUGGACAACCCUAGCGCUACGCUGAAUCACUGGCUGUAUUUCGAUUUGCUUGGGUUACAAACCCCGCGUAUUAUUAAUAUCUAA